GGCCACGCGGUGGCGCUGUGGGGCAGUAGGGAAACCCAGCUGUGUUGCUGCUGGACUCGGGGUCUGAUUGGUCCAUGUGCGUAAAACUCUCCUCAUCCCUCCUCAGAUUUUGGUGAGGUUUGGCACAGCAGGGCAGUCUCGUCCAGCCGUCGGUUUCUUGGCAGUGAGGCGUCUGAGAAUUACUCCUCCAAACUGGAUUUAAUGGGAAACGUUUGCUCUGUUCUGCACUGCGCUUAAAGUGACUAGAGUGUAAAAAAAAAAAAAAAUCUAAAACCCGACUCUACCAUGUCCAGCACUCUGUUGGUGAAAGCCCUGGAGGACCUGAGCCUGGAUCCAGGCUAUGUGGCCGGGGACCCCUGCACGUCCCUCAGCAUGUCCUCCUCCGGCAGGUCUAGGCAGUCUCAGCCACACACGAGCACCCCUCACCGGUGUGCCUGGUGGCAGCACGGCGGCUCCAUGUGCAGCAGGAACGGCAGCUGGGACACGGUGAGCACGUUGCCGGAGGACGCGGCGGACAUCCUGGCCAAGUGUCCCUGUCUGCCGGAGCUGGAGGAGUAUCCCUGGACCGAGCGGGAGCUGCGGGAAGUCGUGCGUAAAGUUUGCGGGCCGGAAUCGUCGUUCACCGGGGAGGCUGUUCGCCGCCUGUGCCUUCUGCUCCGGAGGGCUUUGGUGCGGGUCUCCAGGGAAGCGCAGCGGCUGAGUGAGCUCCACAGACGGUGCACACGCCUGGAGGUCCAGAGCGCGGUGCGCCUGGUGCUGAGCUGGGGUCUGGCCGAGCAGUGCAUCUCCUCCGCGCUCAAGGCCGUGUCCCUGCACUGCAUGAGCUCCGGGGAUACCGCGCGUCAGCGGGGCAAGUCCGCACGCUGCGGGCUGACGCUCUCCGUGGGCCGCUUCUUCAGGUGGAUGGUGGAGGCACGUGUGUCGGUGCGCGUGCACGAGUACGCAGCCGUCUGCCUGACAGCCUGCCUGGAGAGUCUGGCGGAGGAGGUGGCCGGGAGAGCGCUGGAGGCGGCGAGGCUGGCCGCGGACGACGCGAAGGAGCGGGGCGGCAGGGUCACCUGCGGCCUGGUGACCGCAGAGGUGCUGGAGGGAGCAGUCAACAGCGACACGGAGCUGUGGGGACUGCUGCAGGUCUACGAGCAUCUGAUGUGUGGCAAAAACGCCCACGGUGAGCUGUCGCUGCCGGCCCAUGUAAGCCCGUACACAGAGGUUCCAGAGGAUUCGGUGGAGAGCAGGGAGGACGCUUACAUCCAGCUGGAGCUGCGAACACUGGAACAGGCAUUGCUGGCCACCUGUGUGGGCAGCAUCGCAGAGCUCAGUGAUCUGGUGUCUCGAGCGAUGCACCACAUGCAGCGUCUGCGCAGCUCCAGCCCGUCCGUCAGCACUGCUCGUUUAGCCAAUCAGCCGCCAGUAGCCUGGGCCCCGGACGCACUCCGAUCACUCUACUACUUCCUGUCCAGCCCACAGAUGGAAUCACUGGAGAAUCCCAACCUGGAGCCUCCGACCGUGACACUGACCAGAGAGAGGCCGUUCCUGCUCCUCCCUCCUCUCCUUGAGUGGAUCAGAGUGGCUGUGGUGCACGCUGAACAUCGCCGCAGCCUAUUGGUGGACAGUGAUGAUGUCAGACAGGCAGCCAGGCAGCUGCUUCCGGGACUGGACUGUGAGCCCAGGCAGUUGAAGUCAGAGUGCUGCUUCCAGUCGUUCAAAUGUCUGGAUGCGGAAGCUGCCUCAGCCAAGUUCCAGCUGGGUUUGGGCUUCAGGAUGCUCUCGUGCGGCCGAGCGGACUUGGUCCAUCAGGCCACGCGGCUUCUGGGAGCUGAGAGGGUCAACACCAUGGACGACCAGGGAAUGACUCCUCUGAUGUACGCCUCUGCCGCGGGAGAUGAAGCGCUGGUGCAGAUGCUCGUAGAGGCCGGAGCUGAUCCGGACCUGCAGGUCCCGGGCUGCUCUGUCAGACACCCAUCGGUUCAUCCCGGCAGUCGGCGCUGGGUGGCCCUCACGUUCGCUGUGCUGCACAGUCACCUGUCUGUGGCUCAGGUAAGGGCUGAAUGCAUAACGGCAGUAGAAGACAUUUCACUGGGUCGGUCCUUUACAGAAAGUCAGGGCGUGGUUGAGCUGAGGCUUUGGUGGAAGAAAACUGUGUUUCGGGCCGACGAUAAACAGCUGCUGCUGGAGGCCGGCGCGGACGUGGAGGGUGGAGCCCUGCUGGACGCUCAGGAGAGCUCGGCUGAGACGCCGCUGCAGUUAGCUGCUGCUGCAGGUUACUAUGAGAUGGUGAGCCUGCUGCUCACCCACGGAGCAGACCCUCUGCUCAGAGUGCAUCAUGGGAAUUCACUGACAUCCCCGCUGUAUGAGGAUAUGAACUGCCUCAGCUAUGCUGCGGCGCACGGACACAGGAACGUUCUCAGGAGGCUGCUGCUGCAGCCUCAGCACAGGAAGGAGGAUAUCCUCUCUCUGGAGGAGAUCCUGGCUGAAGGGGUGGAAGAGGAAAAGGAGAAGGAGGCGAAAACUCCAGCACACCCUCCGGCUCCCGACUCCCCGAGCCCCGUUCCCAGGCUGUGUAAGGCCAGGAUGAAAGCUCUGCAGCAGGCGGCAUACUACAGCGCCGAGCACGGCUACCUGGAUGUGACCAUGGAGCUCAGAGAGAUGGGUGUUCCCUGGAGGCUCCACAUCUGGCUGGAGUCUCUCCAAGGAGCCCAGCGGCUGUGCAGGGACGAAGUCACCGUCUCCCUCCUCACAGAGUUUCCCUCCAUCAGGACGGAGGACUACAGCCCUGAGCUGCUGUCCACGGGCGUACCGCUCAUGUUCGGCAUGUUAGAAACCAGCAAGGACUACGUGAUAACCAAGCGGUUGGCGUCUGUGUUUUCUCACUGCUACGGCUGCUCUCCUGUCCCUCCCAUCCCGCCCAUGGACGUCACUCUGUCUACACAGCUGGAUAUCCAUUUCCUCAACAAUCAGGAGAUGUCCGAUGUGACAUUCAUGGUGGACGGACGUCCGUUCUUCGCUCAUCGGGUGCUGCUGAUGUCAGCUUCUGAACGGUUUCGACGGCUACUCGGUGAUUCUCCCGACAACAUCAUCCACAUCAGUCACAUGACCUUCGGCACAUUCCAGAUGAUGAUGAAGUCUCUGUACUGCGGAGGAACAGAGGGACUGACUGUCUCACAUUCUGAGGCCAUGAGGCUGCUGCCAGUGGCCGCUUUCUUCCAGCUCAGAGGUCUGCUGAGGUGCUGUGAAAUGAAACUGUCCCAAGGUCUGACUAUGGACAACGCUGUCAACAUCUACCAGACUGCCACGCACCACGGAGCAGCUGAACUCUGCAGGUUCUGUGAAGGAUUCUUCCUGCAGAACAUGGAUCGGCUCCUGGACAGGGAGGACUUCCACCGCCUGCUGCUGGGCGGGGUCGGCCAGGAGCUGCUCUGCCCAGGGACAGGCACCCAGGACCAGGAUCUGCCGGUCCUUCUGAGCGAUCUGGAAGCCGCGCUGGUGCGCAGACUUUACACCCUUCACUCUGCGUGUCGAGAGUAGAAACACCGCAGCGGCCUCCACUACCCUGGACUGUGUUCAGCCACAUUGGUAUGUGUGUUUGGGAAUAGUAGCCAUAUACUGUGUUCCUACCGUAGUCUCCUUGGGGAGAAAAUGUUAGGGGAGAUGAAUAAUAGACUGCAAACAUUCUGUUUCAACAAGUGAUUUAAUAAUAUUUAUUAAUCUUGACACAAGUGAACAUUAACAUGAACAACGGGAGGCUGUGAUCCAGAUCCAUAAUGUAGAAAACGAAUCACAGAGCGUUUCGAUAACUGAUCAAGUUAUUUUUUCCGGUUGCAGUUUUUCCUGCCACUGUUUUUCAAAAUCUUUGACUGUCAGAUGGACUUGAAGAUGUCACCUUCGGCUCUCUUGACCUGUGACGGGCAUAAAGGACAAAAUGAUUGAUUUAAAAACUGGUAGAAUAAUUGCCUCAUUACUGCAAUAGAUUAUUCAAGUUUUUGAGGUUUCACUUGUGUCAGGACCAAAUGAGAUAAAAGUAAACUGUUAAAAUGUUACCUCAGGCCACUUGUUUAAAAAAUGUAUUUAAACAUGAACUUUACCAAAGCUCUUGUUAGACAGAUGUAUAAUGUAGUGUGUAUAACCCUUGAAGACCAGCGUCAGAGUCCUGUUAACUUGGUAUCUGGGAGACGGCGCACCCUGAUGAUCAUCACAACCGAGCAAAAACUGGCACAUCAGUACUCACCAAAAGUUCACGAAACAGAUAUUGUCUUGUUCCACUCGCUGUCAGAUUCACCAAACAAUUUAAACUCGUAUUUUUAACUCUGAAAUGAAAUGGAAUCCGAUUUCAUUGGGCUGUAGCUAGUCAGCUAGUUAGCUAGUCAGCUAGUUAGCUAGUCAGCUAGUUAGCGUCAACUCUGAGUAAGCUGAAGACUGUGCUUCGAGCUGACUCGUUUUUAAAACGGUAAUCCUGUAAACUGGGCCAACACACAAGACCUCAUGCUAAAAGACUGAGACUACAGCUAACGGGCGCUCGUUGAUGAGCCAUGCAGAAGAGCAGUAUUGUUGUUGUACUGCAGGGUAGAGCUAGUUAUCCCUAGUAUUAUUAUUACUAGGUAUUUGUUGUGACAGCCUUGUUCAGGGGCUUGCUAAGACAGAACAAUAUACUUACAAGAGAAAAGGUUUGGUGAUGAAGACUAGAUUAGUUUAGCCAAUUUAACGCAGGCAUGGGACUAGUCUGAUCCGUAAAUAAAAAAAAUAAGACCACAGGUAGUCGGCCUCAUAAUGAAAACACCGUAUAUUGUGCUAAGCCUGUAAGUUACUGUAGAUACUGUAGUUGCCUCAGGGAAAAGAUAUGUUUCCCAUGGACAGGGAAACAUAUCUCUGUGUUUCAUGAACCAUAAAUUCAAUGCAAAGAGAAAAGAGAAAAUUGUUACUCUGAACAAUCCUCAUCCACAGGACGCACUGUUUUCUACUGAAGAAAUAGUCCCUAUGAAAACCACCCCACCCAUACCCAACCCCCCAGUCUAGUUAGACGUGCCCCCCCUCCCAAAUCCCAAUUUAACCCCUGCCCAAAUCUGAUAAAGAGCGGGACUGAGCUGCAUCCAGUCCAGUCCUGAAUGAGGCGUUUUUUUGUUUUGUUUUUUAACCUAACGCCCGCAAAAUAAUGUGAUACUAGUUAGUUCGCUAAUGAUAUGCUAACUCUUGGCCUUGGAAGUAAAGCUAGGUUAGUGAGCUAAGGUAGUGAGCUAGUUAGCUAGGCAUGCUAGGCGUGCUAAUGGUUGUGGCUUACGUUAAACCCACAGACACAGACCGUUUAAUCUGUUCCUCAUUCUUUUGCUCCACAAUUCUAGGUCUACAACAUAGUUCUCUUACCAGAGCUCCACACACACAGCCUCAGCAUGCGAUGAGACCGGCCGUGUCUAGUGACGAAUGCUAAGCUAUGGUUUGACAGUCGCUGUACGCGGGAGUGUUUUAUAAAGUGUCAAUCUGGAUACUUCAGAGUGUGAGCUAAAAAUGGUUUGUUGAAUCUGACACAUCUGACCGAAUUUAAGGAGAGUCACCAUCCCAAAACGUUUUCAUGCACUUUAUAUGACUACUGAUGUGUCUUUGUUUUUGUUUUUGUAAAGCAAGUCAGUGGCUCAGGACAUAUGCUGCUGCAGGUAGAGCUACCUGCAGCAGUCUAAUGGGAUUUAUACAAUAAACUUACAAGGUAAAUGUAAAUCCUCUCCAGCUGAAUGUAGAUAAUCAAGUCGGAAUAUGUAAAAUAUGUACAUAUUUUUGUGAAUAAACACCUUAA